AUGACACAAACACAGAUACGGGAAAAUAAAGCUCCGAUAAGCAGGACGAGAGUCGUCGGCUCACAGGUGUUAGCAUGCCUGGCGCUGGAUCUGCUUCUGGUGGGGCUCGGCAUGUCCAUCAGCUUCGUGACAAUGGUCCUGCCAGAAGUACUGAACGCCAAGGAAGGGCUCUCUAUCAACGAGAAACAAGCCUCAUGGUUUGGUGGAAUGGCGUUCCUCUGCCAGCCGCUCGGGAGUAUAUUCUCGGGUCCGCUCCUGGACCAUUUCGGACGAAAAAAGGCCCUCUUCCUGGUUAACAUACCCCACCUCAUCGCGUGGCUGCUCAUGUACUACGCCUGGGAUGUGCCCUCGUUGUUUAUUGCGAAUGCGUUGUUGGGCAUCGGUACGGGCAUCAUGGAAGCGCCUUCCAUUACAUACGUCGGUGAAGUUAGCGACUCGUCUGUAAGGGGGAUCCUGACGACGCUGACCAACAGUUUCACGUCGACCGGCAUGUUUCUGUCCUACCUCCUUGGUACAGUGCUGCCGUGGCGGCUGGCGGCGCUCGUCUCGCUCGCUGUACCACUUACCACUAUGCUGGUCGUGCUGUUUGUACCUGAGACUCCGAUAUGGCUGCUUUCCAAGGGGAGGCAGAAAGAGGCCCUGCGGUCGCUCUGUCGGCUGCGAGGAUGGUGCGAGCCAGAAGACGUCAAGGAAGAAUUCGACCAGCUCCUCAAAUACAACGACGCUAUCCACCAAUGUGUCAUAUGCCUUAAAGAAGACAAAACGGCCCUUCCGUGCGAACACAUGACGGCGUCCCUCAUUAAGAGGAUUGUCCUAAAAUACAAGCAUGUUUUUCUUGUGAAAGAGACUAUGAGACCGUUCGCCCUAGUGAUGGCAUAUUUCCUAUUCUACCUGUUUAGCGGACUCAUGCCAAUCCGGCCGAAUAUGAUUAAUUUCUGCAAGGCCCUAGGGAUGAAGUACAAGACGAAAACUAUAGUGGUUCUAGUCGGCGCAGUAUUCAUUGUCAUGAACUUGCUAUCAGCAGUAAUAGUUAAAUUAAUUGGCAAACGCAAGCUGGUGAUCGGGUCCCUGUCGGCAACAGCUCUUUGCAGUCUCUUCAUCAGCAUAUACGCGGGAAUAAACCUGCCGCGAGACCUCUUCUCCUACGAACCUCACACGUUCCCCGAGGCGACGGACACCCUUCCAGUAGUGCUCUUCAUGAUGCUAGUGUGCUUCACAAGUCUGGGAAUACCGUGGGUGGUGCUGUCUGAAGUGUUUCCUUUCAGGAGUCGCGGAAUGGCGACGGGUUUGGCUGCAGCGUUGAGUUAUGUCAUGCUCUUCGUUGCAACUAAGACUAACUACAACAUAGAGUCAGCAUUUCAUCUCAGUGGGGCAUUUACUAUUUAUGCUAUAUUUGGCUUCCUUGGUAGUAUGUAUCUAUAUUUCUACCUACCAGAAACAGAAAACAAGACAUUGGUAGAAAUAGAAGCCUUUUACAAGGGAAAUCGAAAGAUUUUCGCUGAUGACUUUUUGAUCAAUGCUUUCAAAAAGAAGUCAAGUAAUGAUGCUAAUGCUCCUAUGCUAGUCAAUUGAAAAUGUACGAAAUAUUAGAAUAGUAAGUAGGUAAUUGAAA